AUGAAGGAAGAGAUCGAUGUGUUAGCUCAUCAGCAAGUGAAGAAGAUUCUGUGGUGUGGUCUUGGUUACUCUGUUGUACAAAUCGGACUUUUCAUCAGACUAAUUUUCUGGGAGUUUUCAUGGGAUAUGAUGGAGCCGCUCACGUUUUUUACAACAGCGAAUGGGAGGAUUGUUGAUUAUGCUUACUUCUUGCUGACUUCAAGAGACCCGACUUAUCAAGAUUUCAUGAAGAGGUUGUUUCUUUCGAGACAGAGGAAGCUGCUCAAGAGUCGCAAGUUUGAUGUUGAGAGGUUUAAGGUGCUUGAGAGGAAGUGGAAGAUGACUUCUUCGUCCUUCUUCUUGGUCUGCUUCUUACCACGCGAACGCAUCGAUUAG